GAGCAGAUGAAGGCGAAACCGCCGAGCGCGGAGGAAGUCGCGGCGGCGGAACGCUUCGACGCCAUCGUCGCGAAGGGUGGAGCGAUCUUCGAAGUGUUCGUGCGCGCCGCUGGGCCUAAUCAAUGGUUCCCCGUGGGACCUCUCGCGAGCGAGAGCCCGCGUAAUAUCAAGAAGGAAAUUUGGGCGGCGGAGAAGCCUUUGAAGGAGGCGGCGUUUAAGAUGUAUCCCGCGUUGGCGAAACCGCCGGCGUUCGGAAGAGUUGAGUACGGUUAUCGCGAGCGUGAC